AUGGACACAUCCUCUCAACAAAGUGUGCCACCUCCAUCGUCUGUUUUGUUUGCUCGUGGGGUGAUUUCCAGGCUUGCAAUAUGGCCUAUAUUGCGAGUAGCAGUCCAAGAAAAUUGGGGAGGACCUGAUGCAGCUGCUAAGCGGACCUGGUUAGCGUCAGUGAUCGUGGACGCAUUCGAAGAACAGACACCCACACCCGAUGAUCAAUACGUGGAAGAAAUGAUUCUACAGAUUAUGGAGGAUGAAUUUGAAGCCGUGGUAGAAGACGGAAGCGCGGAGAGCGUCGCUCAAGAUAUCGUUCGUUUGUGGGACGAAAGCAAAGUUGGAACACAAGAUCUCGUUCUCAAGUUCGAGCAGCUUGCAGAUGGGCUCAAAGGAAAGAAGACGGAGGUUCAGGUGCAGGUUGCGGAUGGAGAAGAAGAGUGGUCAGACGAAGACGGCGAUGACGACGAAGCUGGCGAUGAGGCACCGCAACUACUGGAGCAUCCUAUACCAAAAGCAUCGAAAGAGCCGGAGAUCGAUGAAGACGGAUUUACAUUGGUGAAAGGAAAGGGCCGUAGAUGA